CCCUCCGCCGCUGUGCCCACCCCCUCGCCGAGAGCGAGCUGGUGACUCCUUCCUCCGAGCCGGGUUACCUGCUCCCCGCCGCCGCGGACACGUGCGGAGGUCGGACUGACACUCGCAGCCCCCUCGGGAGGCCGGAUGUGGCCCGGUCGCUCAGGUGGAAUAAUUGUGGACUGAGACGCGCUCCGGCAGAGACUAUGUAAUCGGCUCGGUGACUGUACAGCGGACUGCGCUUCGGGGAGGGAAGAGGAGGGAUCGGUUCGCUUCUUUGCGACUCGGCAGGCGGAGUUUCGCAGCGGCACCAGUGUCGCGCCCGCCCGCCCGCGGGGAGGUCGCUCCAUCCAGCCCCGCCGGCCGCGAGAGCCCGAGCGCCGGAGCGCGGUAGGCGGCUGGGGUGAGGGAGAGCUAGACCCAGCUCCGGGGCGCCAGGGAGCGGGCCGGGGAGUCCCGGGGAAGGCGAGCGGCGGUCGCAAACCAGCGGAGCGCGCCCCCAGCUCGCUCCAGCGGUGCGGCGUCCAGGCGGCAUGGAGAAGGACGGGCUGAGCCGCGCGGACCAGCAGUACGAGUGCGUGGCGGAGAUCGGGGAGGGCGCCUACGGGAAGGUGUUCAAGGCCCGGGACCUGAAGAACGGAGGCCGUUUCGUGGCGCUGAAGCGCGUGCGGGUGCAGACGGGCGAAGAGGGCAUGCCGCUCUCCACCAUCCGCGAGGUGGCGGUGCUGAGGCACCUGGAGACCUUCGAGCACCCCAACGUGGUCAGGUUAUUCGAUGUGUGCACGGUGUCACGAACAGACAGAGAAACUAAACUAACAUUAGUGUUUGAACAUGUUGAUCAAGACUUGACCACUUAUUUGAAUAAAGUUCCAGAGCCCGGAGUGCCCACUGAAACCAUAAAGGAUAUGAUGUUUCAGCUUCUCCGAGGUCUGGACUUUCUUCAUUCUCACCGAGUAGUGCAUCGUGAUCUAAAACCACAGAACAUUCUGGUGACCAGCAGCGGACAAAUAAAACUGGCUGACUUCGGCCUUGCCCGCAUCUACAGUUUUCAGAUGGCUCUGACCUCAGUGGUCGUCACGCUGUGGUACCGGGCCCCCGAAGUCCUGCUGCAGUCCAGCUACGCCACCCCCGUGGACCUCUGGAGUGUCGGCUGCAUAUUCGCAGAAAUGUUUCGUAGAAAGCCUCUUUUUCGUGGAAGUUCAGAUGUGGAUCAACUAGGAAAAAUCUUGGACGUAAUUGGACUCCCAGGAGAAGAGGACUGGCCUAGAGAUGUGGCCCUUCCCAGGCAGGCUUUUCACUCAAAAUCUCCUCAACCUAUUGAGAACUUUGUAAGCGACAUUGAUGAACAAGGCAAAGACCUCCUUCUGAAGUGCUUGACAUUUAAUCCAGCCAAAAGAAUAUCUGCCUACGGUGCCCUGUCUCACCCAUACUUCCACGACCUGGAGAGGCGCAAGGAGAGCCUGGAUUCCCACCUGCCGCCCAGCCAGAACAGUUCGGAGAUGAAUAUAGCCUGAGCUCCCAGCCGCUGCCUCAAGCGGAUCCCCUGGUGUCUUAUGGGUCCCCCUGCGUCAGCCCCUGCAGAGCUGCGGAAGAUCACCAGCCGGGGACCUUCUAGCUGCCGUCUUCCGGGUGGGCUCUGCUUCUCCGAGGAAACGGCUUAGUUUACUGUUUGAAAUCAAUGCAAGAGCGAUUGCAGCUUUAUGUUCGUUCGUUGUGUGUUUGUCUGUCUGUCUGUGUCAAAACCCUGGAAAAAUUCCAGAAGAAGAGAAGCUGCUGACCAAUCGUGCUGCCAUUUCAUUUUUCUAACCUUGAGUGCUGCCAGAGUAAAAUGAGCAAUCCAGGCACAGCUGAUUGUGACGGAUCUCCCUGCAGCUGCCGGGCCUGAUUUGGUACUUUUGAGUGAACGUGUAGAGUGAGUGUGUGUGUGAUUUUUGAUCUCUUAAAGUGUUACUCUCUGUAAACGAUGAGAAUUGAAUUCCGGGGAUUCAAAGUGACCAGUACAUAACAGGCAUCUGUGGACCAAAGGUGGUUCACCAGGAUGGGCUCCUGAAAUUAGAGAGUUGAGCCUAUGUCCUCAGAAUUUCUCUUCUGGCCACAAGUAGUAAAUUUGUUAGUAGUGAAAUGUUCACUAUCUAGAUGAAGUUUUAGACACACAUCCAAGAGGAAAAAAAAUUCUAGUAUCUUUAAGAGACCUAUUUUUUAAAGCACACAUUUCAUUUACUCUUCCAAAAGCUGAAUUUACUCAUUCUAAGUACAUGUUAACCUGUAUAAAAUGCUUUAUUGUUUCUUUUUUUAAAAAUGCCCUAUAAGCUUUUUUCUCACUUGCUUUGGUUUUAGGGAAUGCACCUCAAAUAGGUCCAAAACAUAGAGAAAGCCUUUAUUUCCUGGUUUGAAAUGUAUUUCCUUUUUGGUUCUUUGUUGUUGUGGAUUUUAGGAAUUUGUCAGAAACUGUUUCCUCGUUUGGUUUAGAGAGUAGUUCUCUGACUAGAGACAGGAAUGCCAUUUGAAUUUUUCCACCUGUGACACUGUACUUUUUCUACAAUGCACUGCCUUGUUUGCGAAGUAUCCAUCUUUUCUAUCCCCCAGCGCCUCGGAUAAAUAUUACUACCCUUACAUUACGGAUGACAGAUUCCUUAAGCUGUUUGCAUGCACUUUCUUCUUUCUUUCAAUGAACCUUUCGUAAAUAGAUUCAGAUUAUGGUUUAUGGCUCUAAUUCCACGAUCCCUAACAGGGUCCCUAUGCUCUCAUUCUAAUGCAAUCUUCCUACCUGUCAGUCCCCGUUGUUACCUAGACAAUGAGUGGAAGACUGGUUCUUCUCUAUCACCAGCACAUAGAUGGCUUUAAACUGUUACUUCGUGUUUUACGUUUUUAUGGAGUAUAUUGUCAGUGUAGUAUCUGAGGGAAUAUCUUUUAACUAUUUUUUUUUUUUAGAAAGAAAUAUUUACUCUAAUCUUUCCUCCUUCCUUCAGGCUGUGCUCCCUUCCAGUGCCUCGUGCACACUCCUGCUCUCUGCGGAGCCAGCCUGACUCGGGCAUUGUGAAUAGCUUUACUCUUCCUCUUGCCAUUUUCUCUGUAGAUACUUUAUAGUUCAUGCCAUCUCUGCCUUAUUUGUGGUGAGUGCUCAUUUGGCUCUAAUAAGCAGAAGACACCGAGUAAGUAUGUUUGAGGAAUUUUAGCUACUUUGCCUUCUGACUCAUGUUUUGAGUUCAUGCAACCAUUAGACCAUGUUUUAGGGUUAGAGCUUUCAAUGAAUGGACAUUGCUUCGCUGAGUAGAAAAUAUUCCAGGUGAUGUUUGUGUGUAGUCAAGCCUUACCGAAUUCCUCACAGCUUAAUAUUGUAUGUGACUAUCUUGAACAAGAGAAAAAUUGGGAGUUUUCUCCUUGACAGUUUUUCGGAUCAGGAACCAUUCUUUUUUUAAUCCACUUUUUUAAUAGUGUUCUGAUUCAGUAACUUGAAGAGCAGGAAAAUUAUUCUAAAGUAAGAUAUGGUGUUGCCCUAUGAACCAGGAGAUCACAGUUCCGUUCCUGGUCAGGGCACAUACCUAGGUUGCAGGCUUGAUCCCCAGUAGGGGGCGUGCAGGAGGCAGCCGAUCAAUGAUUGUCUUCAUUGAUGUUUCUAUCUCUCCCUGUCCCUUCCUCUCUGAAAUCAAUAAAAAUAUAUUUUUAAAAAAUAAAUAAAAUAAAGACACGGAUGAGAAGAUGGGCCAUAAGAAUGUUUUACACUUUCUUCAUUGUGACAGCAUUAUGUUUUGUCACCACUGUAAAUGCUUGAGAUAUAAUGAAUCCAGAGCAUUUAGGACUAGGUAGACUAGCAUUCUCCCAUGGAAAUGUGAGUUCUGCCUUUUCUUUUGGUUGGGAGCAAUAUACAAAGAUGUUUUUGCUGGGGCCUAGUAAUUGAAUUUUAAAACUCACUGCACUGAUUGAUUAUGAGCUUUUCUGUUAGUAUUCAUGGCUAGAGUGAACAUAACUUGAGUUUUUGCUUUUGCAAAAGUUUUCACAAGUUUGCUCUAGAAAAAUGCAGCUGUUCUAAACUGGAAUUUUUUCAGCAUUCUUUAGAAUUUUAAACAAGAGCUCAACUUUUAUUUCUAGCAUAUGCUUUGGGGUCAUUUCUCAGUAGUGUGUAUAAAGAAAACUUAAAGCACAAACUUUAAGGUAUUACAUCCUUGGCAGAUUAUCCUCUGCGAGGCAGAAUGAGAGGGCAUCUCAGCCUCUCUGAACUUGUUAAGAGUCUGCCCCAGCUCUUCCAUGAUUGUGGCUGUGACACUUGAGUGAUUACUCUCCUGUUUUCUGUUAUUUCCAUCAGGCUCACCACGUCUGAAAUCCAGAUCCCACACAAGCGCCCUUGCCGUUAGGUUCUUGGAAGCAUAUAGCAGAGUGCAAAUUUACUGAAUGCAGCGCAUUCUUCUGUGACAUAUGUUUUCAGACAUCUUUGCCAGAAGCUAGGCAGUGGUCAGCUGCAAAGGUCAGACUGCCCCAGAGUUACCUGGAAGCAGCUUAUAGCAGUAGAAAUAUGAUGAGCGAUUUGAAAUCACAUUUGAAUUUCUCUCUAGGACUGGUCCAAGAAUGUACAUGAUAGUUUCUAUAUCAUAUUCUGUCCUGGCAGCCCAGGCAUUGUGGGAACUGUUCAGGGUAGACUUGUUAAAACGUACAUUUACAAAGAGUAAAGAAGAAACUUGCCCCUUUAGUCAUAAUAGUUAGCUGUUGCAUGGCAAAGGUUAAUAAAGCCCUGACUCUAUCACCUUAAAAACACAAUUUGUAAGAGCUUGUAAGAAUCAGGUGCAUUGGAGCCUCCCACUUCAUCUCUCCUUUGAAGUGGGUGGGAACUCAAGGAGCAAAGAACCAGUUUUGGAAGAAAGCUCUGGGCCACUUCAGAUUCUUUCAUUCUCAUGAUUUUCUCUCAGGAAACACGCACUGUGAAUGGCAGGCUUUUCGUUUAGCCCCAGGUGACUUACUAAAAAUUGUUCAAAAUAUUCACCUAAGAAUAGAAUCUCAGCCUUUUAGUUUUAAGUAAAAAUGAAUAUUUCAGAAUGCACAUGAUGUUAAUAUUUUAAAGAAAACGUGUACUUUUUAAUAGAGAAAUUUAUAGUUUGACUCCAUGAUGUGGUCCUAUCCAUAAUGAUGAGAAAAACACUUAAAUUGUACCAAACAUUUUGAAUCUUAAAUUAUGUAUUUAAAAUGAGCUUUUAACCAAUUAUAGCUCCUUCUCUGAAAAGUAGUGCCAGUAAGAGUCAGUAACGGCAAUUUCUACCCGUCAUGGAAAUUUAAUCAUGUAAGCUUCCUAAUAUAAACAUAUUAAAUUUCUUCUCUCCAAAGAAUUGCUUCUUUUAAGUGACAACUUGACUAUUUUUAUGAUAAGCAUAUGAGAGUUAUCACACAUUUUCCAAAAGGAGGCUGUGUUGCAUACUUGGCUCUAAGAAAGAAUAAUGUUAAAAGUUUAAUAAGCCCCAAGAAUUACUUAAUUAUGUUGAUAUAGAGACUAUAGAAUAUUUACUUUGGCAAGAAAAUACAGAAAUGUUAUCAAUUCAUAGAUAUUGUUAGAAUUCAUAAGAAUGCAUGUUUUACAUUGUGAUAUAAAAAUAAAGAUAUUAAAUGAUUUCUAAUUCUUUAAAAAUCAAAAAAAGAGCAAGCUAUCGAUAGAGGAAAUUCUAGAGAAAAUUAAGGUAUUUAAAGAAGAAUAUUUCAAAGUGGAAUAUAUUUUGAGGGACAUAUAUUUUAACAAACACAUUGUAAGAAUUGAUAUUGAAGUCAUCUGACAACUAUGAACUUGGAAAAGCCAUUUCAAACAAUUACCAUUUCAAAAAUUGAGCUGAGCAAACUAAACCAUCUGUAUUCCUUUCUCAUUUCAUGGAAAAAAGCAGCCAUAUGAAGCUACACUUGUUAGGCAAGUCUAAGAUUGUUCUUUUAAAAAAAGUAAAUUUUAAAAAGGCAUGUGCUUCCUAUGCCACCAGGACUUUUGAAUAAUUGUGAAACCCAAACCAUUUACCAUGUGCAUAUGCAUUUAAUGCAUGCAGAUAUAUGAAUAGGAAGAUAGUUCCAUAUUUCUUCUCCGCAGUGUAGAAACUUCUUGAGGUGACCAAAAAGCUGUCAAGCCAUGUGAGUCCUCAGAAGAUUAGUAAUGGUGUUUUCCUCAAAAGCAUAAGAAAAUGGCAUUUUCAUUUCUUAUCAAUGCAAUUUUCAAACUAGUUUUGUUACAUACCUAUAUCUCAAGCAUUUCUAACAUCUGCUUUUUCAGAAAAUAAACCAAAAAUAUUCUUUUGGCCUUUUCUAUCAUCUGACCUUUGGAAAACAACAAAAAGAGGAAGGUUCUGAUUUUCUCAAUUAGUUGUUUUCGUUUGUGUGUGUUUUUUUAAUGAUGUAUGAAUGGGCUAUUUCUCAGCAAUCCAGGGAGUUCAUUUAGAUAAAUGAAUAGACUUCUGUCAACAUACUUGUUUCCUUGAUACUGGUGCUCUGGCCUUCAAGAAGAAAACAAGAGCCACCUGAAAAGAAGUAAUGGCUUUUUUCAGGCAGCAAUUUAAGUUCUGUUACAGCAAUUGGAAGUUAAUAUUGUAGGGAAAAGAGAUACAAGGUCUUUUAAAAUCCACACUCUCCUAAGAGAUGAGCUUUCUUGUUUUAUUCCAGUAUAUUCCACAAGGUGGCACUUUUCAUGGAGGCUGGGAAGGGGGGUUGGAGGGGGGGGAUCUGAGCCUAGGCUAAAGAGGUAUUUCUGAAGACUUCAUUCUAAUUGUAUUUUUGUGCACAUACUUAACUCUUGUCUAGCACUUGUUUUUUAGGAGGCAAAUAGUCUUCAUACUAUUCUGUAACUUAGACAUUUUAGUUGUUAGCUAAGUUCUGAAGAAUUGCAAUUAAAUUUUUCUGGAGGAUGGAUAAUACUCUCAUUUUGAUCAUUUAAGUGGAUAAAGAAAGCUUAGGCAUUCAUUUAUUUAAGAUGCAUUUUUGAGGUAGCUAAAUACCUCACUUUUCUAGGUGCAAAAGUUUCCAAGAUGCACAGACUUACUACUAAAAAGGCAGCACUAGGUCUUGUUAGGAGUGUAAAACUUCACCAGUGCCCCAGCCCACGUACCAAACCCAUGUUUGCUGCUUUCACAUCCCCACAUCCCCUACUAUCGUGGCCUUUAGACAUUAAUUCAGUGUCUUAACUCUAAUUUAAAAAACGGAUGAGCCCUAACCGGUUUGGCUCAGUGGAUAGAGCGUCAGCCUGUGGACUCAAGGGUCCCAGGUUCGAUUCCGGUCAAGGGCAUGUACCUUGGUUGCGGGCACAUCCCCAGUAGGGAGUGUGCAGGAGGCAGCUGAUUGAUGUUUCUCUCUCAUCGAUGUUUCUAACUCUAUCCCUCUCCCUUCCUCUCUGUAAAAAAAAUCAAUAAAAUAUAUUUAAAAAAAAAAACGGAUGAACAAAAUAAGUAGCACAUCAGUUACUAAAUAGCAAAACUAUUUUUUUCUAAAGAAUUGGCUAUGCUGAAAUAGCCCGGAAAUACUAAAAGACCUGCUAAUUUUUACAUUUGUAUAAUCACAAGUGUAAAUUCACAAGAAAUUACAAUUUAAAAUUUUUUUUGUCUAGACAUGAGUAUGAUAAUUUAGGAAUAUAUCUACACUAGUUUUUAAUUUCUCCAUUGUGUAGUUCUCGGCAAUUUUAUUAUAGAUAUAAAUAUAGAUAUCCCUAUACUCAUGUUUUAAUUCACAGGUCUGCCCCAAAACCCAUUAACCCCCAAGUUUUAGUUCAUUUUAGAAGUCACUUUCCCCAGUUAGUGUCACUGAAAUUUAGGAGGAAGGAAAUCACAGUAUUUUUCAGAAUUUCCUUAACACAGCAUAACAGAAGGCAGUUUAUUCCUAAGGAGCGAGGGAAAUUCCAUAGUGCCUGCUUAGCUUUCCUAAAGGGUAGCCGGCAGGCAAGUCUCAGUAAUUCACACUGAAUCAAAAUAACGCACACACCAGAGGCUGUCCAAAAGCUCAUAAAUCAUCGGCCUCGUCCCUCUGCUUCAAGUCCCACUGAAGCAGGUUACAAUUCAAGGCCGAAUUCGAGCCACGAAUUUUGUAUCAGUUGGGCCAGUGUUCAUUCUGCCCGAACCCCUUCGGGCGCGCUGCACGGGCCCCGCCCCUUUGGCUGUAGAGCGGCAGUGGGCGGAGCUGGCUGGGACCCGCCCGCCGCUCACCUGUUUUUGCUAAAAUGACGUGCAGACGCGGCUGGAAACGCCGUGGUCCACGUGCCUGCUGCUGUCUCAGAGGCAUCUGUUCUGCAGUCUUCGGACGUCAAAUGUCCCGAGAAGUAAACGGGUGUCUUCUGUACAUAAAUAAGUACAACACAAUUCUCCGGAGUUCAGGUAAUAAAGAGAUGCUGCUCUGUAUGAAGCUAUCAGGCAUCUCUCAAGCUCUAAGCUCAGUUGCUUUUUUUUUUUUUUAAGAGGAUAUGUGUAAUUACAGGAAAGUUGUUUUUUUUUUUCAAUUUUCUAUCAUUCUACAUAUAUGAUGGCAAAAGAUAUGCCUGGAAGGGUUUUGUUGUGUAACUUGUUUAUUUUCUGCUUCAUCCUCAGUUGCCAAAAGCUCCUAACUCUUGUUCCAAUUUUUUGUCUUUUUUUUUGUCAAGUAAUUAAAGAUAUGUAAGCAAAGUAUCUGGUGUAGUAGGGGAAUUUCCUGGUUAGAGGAACUUUUGUGUGAAUUGUUUUGUUAAGCAAAUAAUCCUUUAUUUUAGGUGUUUGGAUUGUCAAAUGUAGGUUUUUCUUAAAGGGGGCACAUAACUAUAAUAUUACUACCAAGAACUAUGACUGUAGCACUAAUCAGCAAGCAUAUUGGUAGAGCCACACAGUUAAGUUCUAGCUCUCUGUGGUUUCUAGCCAAAUUCCGUUGAUGUGCUUAGGUGACAGUCCUGCAGAUACCCUGUAUACCCUCACUUGAAAGUUUCUGAUUUUAAGUUUUAUGAAGUGCUAUAACAUGUAUUAGCUAGCAAUAGUUCUAUGCUCACCAGCAACUCUGAACUUGGCCUUGAAGUCUCUGAAUAAUGAAAAUAGAUUUCAGCAAUAAUACAUUUAUUGAACACCCCCCAAGUGCAUUAUAUAUCUUCUCAUUUUGGUCCUGUGUUUGCAACAAUGUACACAUGACUGUUAUAGUUCCUCACUUAUUUGUAUUCAUUUAUUUUGUAUGACAAAUGAUAAAUACAUUAGUACAUGGAGUGAGUAGCAUCAACUGCCCCUAGGAUCAGCACUUAACAAGGUGGAAAAUAUCUAUUUCAAGUUUUUCUACUUUUGCAUAAAUUAUUUCUAUUAUUAUUCAUUUAUAUUAUUUAUUGCUGCAUCACACUAGUCCUGUGAAAGUUCAACUGAAGGCAGACCGCAUUAGGGUAUGCAUUUAACCUUUAUGAUCAUGGUCUUGACGGAGCUAAGAAAGUAAAGAUUAGAAUAAGCCCCCGAGUAAGCUGCAUGCAUUUUAACAUGACAGUAGAAUUUAAGUCUAUAGCUAUAGUGUUUUUGUGUCUAGAUGUUUUAAUUAUCAUUAUGUAAGGAAUUAAGGCAAAGGAAUUUGUAGUUGUUCUUUUGUCAAAUAUGCAUAUAAUAAUAUAGUGUGAAAAUAUAGCAACAGUAAAAACUACAGACAGGAAAGCAUCAGAUACUGCCUUAAUUUAGGGACUCUGCCAGAUGGCCCUUGGAGUUGAUGCCAGGCCGAGACCAUGGGUGCCAGUGCAGAGCCUCUUGUCUGGCCUAGAGAAGAGCCUCCAGGUGCGAUCUAGAGCCCUCAUAGGCAUUGUGUGCAGUAGUGGGAACAGGUAGUUUUGGUGCAAGGAGAGCAGUGUGAGAGUUUUCUGUAGAAGCAGAACUGUCAGCUUGUGCCUUGAAGCUUCCAGAAUGUGCUAGAUGGAGAAGUCCAAGUUUCCGUGCUUCACACGACUUGGUUUUGUGCAGAAGCAAUCCAGUCUGGUAGUAAAAACAAGGACUGCGUGUACAGUAGUCAACAGUGGGAUCUUAAUAACCAGCAAUUCCCAACAACCUCAAAAGCUUGUUGCAUUUCUGGUGUUUUAGGUUUUGAUCUGAAGGCUAAAUGGCAAGUGUUUGGUCUAGCAGAGCAGGGUGUGUUAAGAAAAGCACAGUAUCGGUGCCCGUAGAUGGCAGGUUAGAACUAGAGGGUCUUGCAGGAUUAUCAUUUCUGAGAUGUGUGAAAUGUAGUCGUGUUUCUGCAUUCCCAUAGGGCCUAGUGAAAACGUUCUUCUAGGUUUCAGCAAGGAUGUCACACCCAGUGGGCUUUUUUUUUUUUUUUUUACUUAGACUAGGAAAUGUUCUAAGAGUAGAAAAAAUCUUAAUUUGGACAUUUGCUUUGUUGGUUUCUAUUUUUGAAAUCACAGUUCUGGAGAUGUAGAGACUGUGCAUGUGCAUGUCAGAUACUAAUCUAGGCUGUGUGAGCCAGCCCAGGAGAGCUAAUGCUCGCCCAUCCCCUGCAUCUCUUCCUCCUUCCCUCUGAGGUGCUCCCUGCCCUCAUCCUGGCCAGUCCACGUGGUGCUCUCCAUCCUCCUCUGCUGUUCUUUGGGCAUCAGGGACAUGAUGAGAGAUACUUUCAGCAUCACGGGUGUGCUCAGGCUUGGCCACCGUCCUUACCGGACUUUCAGCUGACCACAGUCAUCAAGAGAAGGUUCCUGGUGCUGGGCACAGAGUGCUCACAAAACCAAUCCCAAAUGCCCUCUAGUAUCUUUGUAUAUACCUUGAUUUUUAAGCCACGUCAUUCUACAGAGCAUUCAGUUUGGGCUGUGAUACAAAGAGAAAAACUAACCAAGAAUACAAACCACAUUUCAGGCUGCUGUUUUCUGUCCAUUUACAGGCUAUCCUUUUACUGUAUUUCUUCAUACUUGAAACUCAUUCCGCUAUUUUAAUAUCAGGGUACAGACUUAUAAGGGUGCAUGUUUCUUAAAGGUGCAAAAUUACUCUCAUUCCGUUUGCUCAUGUCGCUACAGAAUGCUCUGGUUUGGUGCUUUGGGUUCAGCAGGUCAGAGAAGCAGUGUGGAAAUUUACUGUCUGGAACAUAGUCUUACAAGAAUGUUGGCAGAUGGCUUGAUGUUAGAUAAGGCUCUGCUCUUUUCUCUGUACACAAGGUUGAGAGUUACCACACUGGCCUGGCAGGUUCGGCUGGGUACCCUUCCUCACAGGGUACAUAAACCCUGUGCUCUCCAAAAGUGGGGGAGGGGUAUGUGCAGCUCUCUGAAAGCAGGGAAUCUCCCUACAUAUCAGGAUCAUUUACCCUUAAAGAAAAACGGCCUCCGGUGUAGACAGGAACAGAAUGGGGAGGACUGUCUCACUCUAGUGACCAUCCCUCCUUUCCAUAAAGAAAACCCUCCUGAGGAGGAAAAAAAAAAAAAAAGAAAGUAAGAAAGCUUAUCUGUAAAGUUAUCCUCUUCAUAGUACCCUGAGCUGAAUAAUCUUGCUUCCUUCCUAUAGGUAAAUGAAAAUGCAGGUCAGUUGAUCUAGACCUGAAGAAGAAAAUAAAAAAGUAGGUGUUUGUAUAGAUGAACUAUGCAAGCCAGUGGCCACCAAAACUUACAUUAAAUACCCCAUCACUAGCCAUCUGUUUUUAAGAGCUCAAGUAAAGAAUGUUUUAUGACCUCGGGUUUCUGAGGUCAGAGGUAGCCAUUCUAGCAUGCGCCUUACUCUUAAGGACUACUUGGAGAGAGAACUGCCAGUAGUGAACACUGCAGUGGCGAAGCUAACAUGUCAGAAAAUUCAGAGGGUUGCAGAUCAAUAAUCCUUUGGAAACUGGAUGUCUUACUGGGUGCUAGAAUGCAAUUUUGGGUAUUUAUUUUCAGAUAAUGGAAAAUUUAUUGUUCAUUAAGAAUUGGUGUUGAAAUGUCAUUGUUUUCUCUUAUACACAAGCUCAAUGGAAGCAAAAAUAUGCUUUGUAUACUUGUCAUGCUUUCUGUAUUUCUUACAAGAAGAUUGGUAGCAAAUAAAAAUAAUAAAAACAGCGAUUUAAA